CACACCCUUUGCAAACACUCUGAACGAAGCACUACAUUUUAGAGUGGAAGAACCAUCAAAUCAUCAAGCAAUUAUCCCUUUAUUCAUCACCCGCCACCCAUGGCUGCUGAUGAGAAACACGCCAGAAGUAAGCAUGGGAAGCCAGCGAGGUCUCCUUCUCCUGCCUCAUCAUCCGGCAGUGAGGAGAUCGUCUUCGAGGGUCGCUGUCCACCCAGCCCUACUCCUUCGGUGAAAGCGCUCAGAAAAUUAGCACCCCACAAAAGGAACAAGCUGAACGACGAGUGGGAUGUCAUGAAUCACCUGGAGCGAUGGGAGCAUCGGAGCAAGCCCGGCAUCGGGUGGAACAAGAAGAAGAGUGACCUCUACCACCCGAAGACAGGGAAGCGAGUGAACCCACGAGACCUCUUACAGAAUACUGACAUGCUCGCCGAGUUCGAAGCUAUGGAACAAGAAAAGGCGAAUCGGAAGGCGGUCGUCGAUGACUACGUGGAAAACAUGGACGCGGAUGACCUGGCCUACAUGAUGGGUCAAUCGAACUUCGCUUCUCGGGACAUCGACAACCACAACGGCAACCAAGAUGUCUUCUACAUGCCUGACUCCGAUAGCGAUGUCAAUAAGACCCAAGGAGUCCCCGAUCUUUCCGGUGAUGUUCGCUCCACCCACCGACCUAAUGUCGAUGGAACUGCUUCCAUAAAUGGAACUGCCUCCGUCAAAGGGAAAGCCAAGGUCAUCGUCGAUAGCGACCCAGAUGAACCGGAAGAGUCGGACGAUGAGUCAGAUACCGCGCACUCGGAGACUAUCGAUGACGAAGAGAUCGCGAGGCGACUUCAAGCUGCCGAAUUCACCAGUGCCAAGACAGGUGAUGUCUACGAUGACUUCGACGACAUCGAUGACUUCGACAUCACGGACUUCAACCGCCCGAGCCUGGGGAACAAGAAGAAGUCCAAAGGUUUCCCGGGCUACCAGGGCAUGAUCGACCUCGCCGACGACGAGAUGGUCGAAGAAAUGCAAUCGGCCUGGGCGAACGAUCGGAUGAAGAAGAAAGCUAGGAAACAGGAGCGGGAACGUCUUCGCGCGGAAGGGCUCCUUGGGAGCAAGAGCAAGAAAGCGAAAGCCGCAGCCGACAAAGUCAUCAUCCGCAAGACCAUUACGGAGAUCCGCGACGAGAUCCGCAGCUUCAUCCGCUCCGGCGAUGAGAGCUACGCCUUUUCGCCCAUGACCCCCGACCAACGCCGUAACGUCCAUCUUUACGCGCACCACCUCCAACUCGUCUCCAAAUCCAUCGGCGGAGGCAACAAGCGCUUCACCAUCCUCAAGAAGACCGCGCACUCCCUCUCCAUCAGCGAGCGGCAAAUGGACCGCGUCCUCGGCCGCCCCAUUGGACCCAAGAGCAUCAAACGCGACCGUGCCGGCCCGAGCAAGGACAGCACCAAUGUCCGCGCCGGUGCGCCGACGACCUACGGACACGGCGAGGUCAUCGGGGCGGACGCGCCGGAAAUCGGGACGGAGAGUAAGGGGCAUGCGAUGUUGAGGAAGAUGGGGUGGGAUAAGGGGAAGGCGUUGGGGGCGGAGAACACGGGGAUUCUAGAGCCGAUUGAGCAGAUUAUGAGGCGGAACCGACGCGGGUUGGGCUGAGAACACUCUCCGUUGCUGUUGGCUCGCGUUGGACCCCUGAAUAGAAUCACCACUCGAUGUCAUCGACUGGGCCUUUACGAUAAUCGCGAUGGCUGUUAGGCCUCGAGCUUUGGUAAAUGGAAGUGAGCGGUUGCGGUAGAUAUCCGAGAGGGAUUUUAGAGCGAUCGGUGGCCUUCAU